AUGACAAACUCUACACCUCCACCCCACCCCUCCACCUCAAAACCCAGAGUCAUCGUCGACCCGCAAACCCUCUCGCAGCGACGAACGACCCGCCCCCGGACCCAAGCCCAGAUCACAGAUAUCCGGCAGACGAAGCAGUACAAAGUCGCCGCUAGACGGUGGUUAUCGACUAUUGUGGCGCUGCCGAUAUUUCUGUACACGUCGUGGGUGUUGUAUGACCGGACGUAUGGGAAUAGUAAACCGAAGCGGUUGGGGAGACCGUCUACGGAGGAGAAGGAGAAGGAGAAGGAAUAG